AUGUCGAACUCAGAUGAGGGUCUGCUGGUGGACUUUGGGUUGCGGCACCCGACGACGCUGGCGGAGGCGGAUGUCAACGCAGACCUGAAGGCGUGCAAGUACAAGACACUAUGGGAGCUGUACGAGGAGCGGAUGGUGGAGACGACGCACGAGCUCGGCUUUGAUGGUGAAGACUGGGAAUACGUGGUGGAGCAGCAUCCUAAGGAGGUGGAAGAGGCUGUGGCUUCCGAGACCGCACGUGCCCUGAAGUGUGAGCGUGAGGAUGUAACGAGAGUGGACCUGGACCCAGCACCCCAGGGUCUUAUCGCAUUUGUUACUGUGCAGCACUCUCCGCAGCUGAAAGAGGAACAAAUUAUGGACACGCUUCAGCAGUGUGAGUACAAAGCAGUGUGGGCGCUUUACGUACCGCGUGUUGGCCCCACUGACGCCUCCGCCUCUGCUGCCGCUCGUUCCGCUGAAAACACGGCCGGUGUAGUUGACGAUAUUGUGACAGCUCAUCACGUCGGCUUUGAGGGCCCUGGGUGGGAGAAUGUACUUGUUGAGAAGCGGAAGGAUCUGUUGCAGGCUUUUGUGUACGACACGGCUAAAUAUUUGUCUGUGGACAAUGAUGACAUCUUGGACGUUGUGAUGUCGAACUCAGAUGAGGGUCUGCUGGUGGACUUUGGGUUGCGGCACCCGACGACGCUGGCGGAGGCGGAUGUUAACGCAGACCUGAAGGCGUGCGAGUACGAGACACUAUGGGAGCUGUACGACGAGGGGAUGGUGAGGACGACACAAGAGCUCGGCUUUGAAGGUGAAGACUGGGAAUACGUGGUGCAGCAGCAUCCCAAGGAGGUGGAAGAGGCUGUGGCUUCCGAGACCGCACGUGCCCUGAAGUGUGAGCGUGAGGAUGUAACGAGAGUGGAGCUGGACCCAGCACCCCAGGGUCUUAUCGCAUUUGUUACUGUGCAGCAUUUGCCGAGCAUGAGUGAGGAUGUUAUGAGAGACUUGUUGAGGAAGUACCCCUUUAAGGAGGUAUGGGCUCUUUAUGAUAUACCGAUAUCUCGUUCUAAUGACGCGGGCAAUGAGGGUAGUAAAUCAGCUGAUUCUGCUCGUCGACGUGCAAAAGAGGCGUUUUUUGAGACUACCCGUGCAGAAGCGGAUCUUUUGGAGGCUGAGGAGGAGGCACGUCGACUAGAAGCCGUUGCUGAAGCUGCUCUUCGUGAGGCACGUCAUUGCCGUGAAGCUUCUUUAAAAGCAUCAGAGUCUGCAAGACAAAAAGAAGAGGCUGCAGUACUUCAACUCUUGGAGGUUGCUUCAAGUGCUGCCGACGCUGCCGUUCGUGCUGAAGCUUUUGCGGAGUGGUCACGUCGACAACAAAAAUCAAAUAUUAUAAAUGCGGGUGAGGAGGAGAAUGAAACCGAGCAGUUAACGUACUUGCGAAAUGCCCUUGCCCAAGCAAGGCGGGAGCGUGAUGAGUAUAGGGACCUUCUGGAGGAGGAGCGGUAUCGUAGAGAGAAGACGAUGAGUGAUUCCCGGCGACGCCGUGUCUCAAGUGAAGGUCCUGCAUAG